GUGCAAGUCAUCGAUGAUCUUUGUCGUGGCUGAAUGUAUUGGGCAAUUGAAGUGGGUGUGGUUCCAGAAAAAACGACAACUGCAGGGGAUUCAAAAUGUCGACGACGCCAGCCGUGGGCCGUGGGGAUCGUUGACGAUUCUCUUCCAACGCCCGGGUCGCUCCUUAAUAUCACUCGGUGCCAUUGUGACUAUUCUGGCACUUGCCUUUGAGCCAUUCAUGCAGCAGAUAGUCACUUAUCCAACCAGACAAGUUGAAAGUCCCUCCAAACGCGCAAUCGCAAAGCAAUCACACAUCGCGAUGCCUGUCGUGGAUGAUGGCUUUCGGGAUUCAGUCGAUUCCGGGAUCUGGGGGAAAGACUUCAACGUGAAUCCAACAUGUCCAUCUGGAAACUGCACCUGGGCCCCUUUCACCUCAAUAGGGUACUGCAGUAGAUGCGAAGACAUCACCUCCCAGCCCAAGUCCAUCUCCUGCCCGAAUGUCACAAUGGACCACAACAUGACUGGGAUCCAGAAGACAAUGUGCAAUAUCACUAUCUUGGACGGCCCGUGGAUUCAAACUCCCAUUCAGGUUAAACCACUAGGCGACGGUGCUCUCGUGAUGGAAAUUCCUGAAGAUGUUAUCUGGCAAGCUGAUAUCUGGGGGAGACCCCUUAGUAGUGGCCAGGACUGGACAAGAAAGUAUCCGUAUAAGAAUGAGAUGACCUCUUUGGCCCAUGCGAGGCUCAAUGUGACAACGAACAAGAAAAGGCCACAGAAACACCCAGAAUGUGCCCUGGAGAUCUUAAAUGUUACAAGAUGCAUCUUAUCGUUAUGUACCAGGGAAUAUAAUAUAUCCGUAUCAGAGGGCAUUCCUUCGAUGAAUAUUUCCCAGCCGAACUGGGGGAAGAUAUUUACCUACAAUCACACCCCAGGGGGAUCGUGGUAUCAAAAUGAGACCGUCUGCUGGCAACCCGGCCAAGGUGCUACAGUCAAUGUCACACAACUACCGGGCGGCAACACGUGGGAUCGCAUCAGUUUUGCCAACGCCAGGGAGUUUGCAGUCUGUCCGAACACACUCUACUACAAUGAGAUUGGGGGUGGCUUGAAGGGCUACAGUACUCAGGACUGGUUUGUCCGCGGUAAAAGCGACACCGAAUGGACCUUUUUGUCCAGCGCUGAUGCUUCAACGGACAACAUAGAUAAAAUACUGAGAAUGGGUCUGGGCACAGUGACCAAGAAUGUUGCUGCGUCUAUGACCAAGUAUGUGCUCGAAAACAACAGCACCGAUGUUGCAGGCACGGUGGCCGUGUCAGAAAGCUAUGUGGCGGUUGAUUGGCGAUGGCUCACCUUGCCACUGCUGCUUCUGCUAUGUAGCAUCGCUCUGUUGAUAUCAACCAUUUGGAUCAACAUGAAGCGAAAGCUGGGGAUAUGGAAGUCAUCCAUCUUGCCAAUGCUGUAUCAUGGAUUGGAGGAUGGCAUGGUACCCGAUAGUGAUGACCUGGCCACAGUUAGCGGGAUGAAUCAAGCGGCAGGUAAAGUUGAUGCAAGGCUUUCAUUCUCUGAUAAAAAGGGGCGAUUGAUGUUGAGGGAUGAUGUAUAGUUAUAACAGUCGUUCCUCUGGAAGAUAUAUUUAUGGAGAAUAAUACUAAUCUCUACCGC